UUUUUUGAUGUUUAUUGUCAUGUAAACUUCAAAUACAUUUAGUACAUAUCAGUAAUUUAGCUGUAGGUGAUAGUGUUAUGCUUAAAUUUACAAUACCAUCAAGAAGUUACGUAUCUCAAGCACUCAUUAAUAUUUAACAAGUACAGAUUUACUAAACUACUAGCCAUGAAAGUCAUACCGAUUACUAUCAUUAUUUUGUGGUUAAUUUGUUUGAUCCAGAUAACUAACCCAAUUAUUCCUAAAGGCUUAAAAAGAAUGUUUACAGGCCCUAAAUUAGCACCAGCAUAUAGAACAAACGAUAUUGAUAAAUUGGUUCAAUAUAUAAUGAAUGAAGCAGAUGUGAUUAAAAUAGCAGCUUACAAUCGUUUAAAAGAACUUUAUAGGAAUAAAUCACGUAAUGAACAAAUGAAUUAUUUGGUUCCAUUUAUGCAGUCUGCUAUAGAAGUAGUGAAAUCUCAUGGAGCGAAUAAUAGUCUAAUGGGAAUAAAACAUACUUAUUUGGACGCAAUUUACUAUACAUAUAAAUGUUUGAAAGGAGAAAAGAAUGCUAAAGAAAGGGCCAGAUGUUAUAAAUGGAGAGCUUUAUUUCUUGCAGCUUGCUUUUUCAGUAAUAAGAUUAAACAAUGUUUUUUUAUAAGACAUUCGUUUAAUUCAGCUUACCGAGAAGCUAUUAAAAUAUACACAGACGAUAAAAUGCUAAAAUACGCGAGGAUUAAAAUUGCAUGCAAAGUUAAAUUAGCAGUACAAGGAAGAAACAUAAUUUCCAAAUCAUUGAUCAGUUUAUAUUUGGGAAGUACCAGUAAGCAACAGCAAUUGGAUUGUCCUUCAAGAUUAUUAGAAUUUGAGGAAUCUAUUCGUAACUAUGAAUCAUAUACUGAAGAAUUUUAUUAUUUAGUGGGCCAAUCAUUUGCGAAAAAUGGUUAUAAAGAAAAAGCUCUGGAAUACUUUAAGAAAGGACGUAAAUUCCCUAUUAUUGACCAAAAGGGUCGUUAUAUCAGUCAGCAAUUACAGAAAUCUAUAGAAAAUAUAUACACAUGUUAGUACAUGUGGAAAACGAUACAGUUGCGUUCAAAGUGAACAUAAAUAAUUAUAAAUUACAAAGAAUUAAAAACAAUAUUAUUUAAUUUUAACGCUUUUUCUGUUAAAUUGACGUUUUCAAAAUACAAUAUUCUGUUUCUCAUUAUUAAAA